UGGCCCUAGCCGCUCGGCUAAGAUGGCAAACUUCACUCCGGUCAACAGCAGCUUUGGCAACCAGUCUGACCGAUCUGUGCAGGCGAUGCCCGCGGCUCCCAACCGAUACGAGACGGUGGAGAUGGUGUUCAUCGCCACCGUGACUGGCUCCCUGAGCCUGGUGACGGUCGUGGGCAAUAUCCUCGUCAUGCUCUCCAUCAAGGUGAACCGGCAGCUGCAGACGGUCAACAACUACUUCCUGUUCAGCCUGGCCUGCGCCGACCUCAUCAUUGGGGCAUUCUCCAUGAAUCUCUACACUGUAUACAUCAUUAAGGGUUACUGGCCCCUCGGGGCGGUGGUCUGUGACUUGUGGCUGGCGCUGGACUACGUGGUCAGCAACGCGUCUGUGAUGAACCUGCUCAUCAUCAGCUUUGACCGCUACUUCUGCGUGACCAAGCCCCUCACCUACCCGGCCAGACGCACCACCAAGAUGGCGGGCCUCAUGAUCGCUGCUGCCUGGGUGCUGUCCUUUGUACUCUGGGCUCCGGCCAUCCUGUUCUGGCAGUUUGUAGUGGGGGAGCGGACGGUACCAGACAACCAGUGCUUCAUCCAGUUCUUGUCCAACCCGGCGGUCACCUUUGGCACGGCCAUCGCGGCUUUCUACCUGCCUGUGGUCAUCAUGACAGUGCUUUACAUCCACAUCUCCCUGGCUAGCCGCAGCCGAGUCCACAAGCACCGUCCCGAGGGGCCCAAGGAGAAGAAGGCCAAGAGUCUGUCGUUCCUCAGGAGCCCCCUCAUGAAGCAGAGCGGCAAGAACCCAAGCCGGAAGCCGGUGGAGUCCGGGAAGGAGGAGAUCCGCAACGGAAGGCUGGAGGAGGCACCUCCACCCGUCCUGCUUCCCCCACGUCCCCCUGAGGAGAAAGACACCUCCAAUGACUCCAGCUCGGCCAGCGUCACCCAGAACACCAGAGAGAGGCCCCUGACUGAGGGGUCGACGGCUGAGACUGGCUGCAGCCCGUCCACCCCGCUGCCCCCACGCCCACGAGCGCUCAAUCCAGCCUCCAAGUGGUCCAAGAUACAGAUCGUAACAAAGCAGACAGGGAACGAGUGCGUGACGGCCAUUGAGAUCGUCCCUGCCACGCCUGCGGGCCUGCGCCCGGCCGCCAAUGUGGCCCGCAAGUUUGCCAGCAUUGCCCGCAAUCAGGUGAGGAAGAAGCGGCAGAUGGCGGCACGGGAGAGGAAGGUGACGCGGACCAUCUUCGCCAUCUUGCUGGCCUUCAUUGUCACCUGGACGCCCUACAAUGUCAUGGUGCUGGUCAACACCUUCUGCCAGAGCUGUGUCCCUGACACCGUGUGGUCCAUUGGCUACUGGCUCUGCUAUGUCAACAGUACCAUCAAUCCAGCUUGCUAUGCCCUCUGCAACGCCACUUUCAAGAAGACCUUCAAGCACUUGCUUCUGUGCCAGUACAGAAACAUUGGCACUGCCAGGUAA